AUGCUUUCUCCAAUGGAGGCAGGUUUUUCAAGAGGAAGAUCUCCUUAUAAGGCUGGUGGAGCCUUGUCGAGAAUAUCAAAUGAAAAACAAUUACGAUUUGAGCAAAAUUUGCUGAGUAAAGAGGUUGAAAAUUCAAACGAUGGUGAACAAGAAUCACUACAAGAGAACAUUGUGGAAAAUGAGAAUCAAGGAAAGUCUAAUAGCACCAACCCAUUUGCUUUAAUAUCCGAAUCACCAAUGCAACUGUCUUCUUCAUCUACUUCAAAGUCCUCAAAGAAUAAAGAAUUCUCUAAUACUGAAACUUUAGAGUCAGUGUCUUCAAGGGAAUUAUCAGGUAACAAAAAUACUUCCAUGCCUCUUCCAGGAAACGACGUAAUGACCCAAGUAGGGUUUCAGUCUGAUAUGGAACCUCUCAAUAUAUCUGAUGCUUUUUCGUACUUCCGUUCUCUACCUGCAACGGUAGGCUUAGAAAAUGAUUUGGAGUUAGUAAAUAAGUUCAAUUUUGAUGGUGCUCUGAACUCAAUCCGUGACAUUUUACAUGCGGCAGAUGAAGAAAGCGACUCAAUAUCUGAUGUAUUGGACAGCUGGAUUUGUAAUCAACAGACUAACUGCUACGAUAAUAAUAAAUUCGAGAAAUUUUUCAAUUAUGACAAUCUUGAUUUCAAUACUUCUAAUCAGUCAGCAAGCCCUCUAUCAGAAAAUUAUAUCAGCUCAAGAGAUUUGACAGGAAAUAUUGGCUCUACUCAUCUGUCUGAAAGAAGAGACUCGCGUUCAAGUGCAUUUGUAGGGACUUCGUUUGUCUGGCGCUCACCCGGUGCAGAUAGCUCUUCAAAAGAUGUGAGACCUUUCGUUGACUUGAAGACGAAAAAUCUUUCUUUCAUAGAUAAAUCAAUUGACAAGAAAUCAGAAGAAUUCAAAAAGUUUCAAAUUUUGCCCAAAACAAGAGACUCUAUUUUGAUAACUUUAAGUGAAACUCACCAUGCUCAGUUUUGGGGUGAUAGCGCAAACGUGAACCUUCCUUCAUUUGAAGAGCUAACAUUGUUUGUAAUUAGCUAUUUCAAGCUUUUUCAUGCGCGAUAUCAGAUUAUCCAUUUACCUAGUUUUGAUCCCAACAAAGUAUCCAAUGUCCUAUUAAUCUCUAUUUUGGGUGCUGGAGCAUUCUUUUAUGGAAUUGAGAAUGAUGCCUUGAAAAGAAUUGGUAGGUACUUUUUUGAAAUAUCUAGAAGAAGGUUAAUACUAGAAUUUGAAGAAAAUAAUACAAAUAUCAGGAACCUUGAACUUCAUCAAGCAAACCUUAUAAAUUAUAUAGCUGGAUCUUGGUCCGGUAUUGAUAGAAACGUAGAAGUGUCAGAAAGCUUCACUUCGACUAUUGCUACCAUGGUUAGACGAGGAGAUCUUUUCAAGAGAUACCAGUAUAAAACGCUACAAGAAAUAAUUGAGGAUCCUGAACUUGCUUCAACGGAACAAAAGUGGAAAACGUGGAUUCAAAUGGAAUCUAAAAAGUUAUUAGUAUACGUGAUGUUCUACUGGUGUUCCCAGUUUUCCUUAAUUACUAAUAUCCCAUAUUUUAUCAAUUACAUAGAGCUAGAACUACCCCUUCCGCAUAUGGAGCCAUUAUGGAGAUCUUCUGAUGCCAACGAAUGGCUAAGAUUGGUUAACAUCAUUAAAAAUCAGAGCCCUCAGCAUUAUUCGAACAAUAUGUCAUUCCAACUGCUUAUUGGAUCGAUUCUAUCUUCAAGACAGCUUCCGUCUCAGUCGUUAUCACCAAAAUUCAUAUCUGAUGUCAUUAUAGGGAACUUGAUUGCCACAAUUAAGCAUUUCAUAUCAGGGCACAAUGAUAGACUAGCAUUUACUAAUCACAUCCCAGGUAUUGCAGAUAUAAAAAAAAGAAAGCGUCACUCCUUAUCUCUCGAUGCUACUUUUCAUCUUUCAUAUCUUGUUAAUAGGAAAGCCGAAAUUGAAAAUAUGUUGGAGUCGAUGGAAAGCCUCGUUUCCAACCAGGGAUUGGCCAACCAGGUUUUAUACAAGUUGGAAAUUGAAUAUUCUUAUAUUUGUCUUUAUGCAUCGAUAAAGGAUUGCAUGAAAUUAGCAGGAGUCGAUGACGAAAUUGAAUCGCGACAAGUGAUUCCUAGGCUACUUCAAUGGUAUAAAAAAGAUAGCUCAAGGAUUGCAAUUUGGCACUGUGCCCAGAUACUCAAGUUGGCAAAAACCGCUACGGCCAACCAUAUAUGUAAGUAUUUUUAUUAUCUGGGGAGCUUAAUGAUAAAAACUAACAAAAAACAGUCAUUCCGUACUUACCAUUUUUGA